CUAAAAUAUCUACUGUCUCAGAUAACCACACCGACAGAAUGACCAACGAAACACACUCCACCAUCUCAUCCUCUUACACAAGGAUAACCAUGGACACAAGCAAUAGGACCUCAAGCACACAGCCCAUCAUCCGCUCAUCCGCGUCCACAACCUCCCUCAUAGACAUCACCAGAGACGACAUCGAAAGCCUCUUCUCCUGGCCCACCACCACAACAGAAUCAUCCUUAGCAUCCUUCUUUACACCUCUAAACGACAACCUCGUCUCCUUCGGGGACGAACUCUCCAGCUACUCGGGCACUACCACCGACUCCUGGAACGAACGGGAUCUCAACCUUGAACUGAACUUCGAUAACUCUAUUUCCGAUAACGUCGCCCCGACCAGGCAUCCGUAUAUUCCACAGACACCGCGGGAGCUUGACUACGACGAUGACAACAAAGAUGGAUGUCUCAUCAUUCACGGCCCAAUCAUCCUCCUCACUACCCUCAAACAGAAGGAUGUAUCUGCGUUUCUAAAGAAUGGGGAGUGCAGCAUCCCUGUCUUCCGCGGCGAAAACCUGGUGAUUAGGAACUUCGACUCUAAUAUAAAUGAGUUGAUUAACGACCCAGCCCCAUGGACUCCAUAUACCCUCUCGACAAGGCUUCUUACUUUAGAAGGUCAUAUGCAGGAUACGCCUGGCACAAAGCUCUCGACCAAGUAUCCCCCUAUCAAAACUUGGGGGCGCAGGAAGGUGGGGUACAGGGUUACCUGGCUUAUUGACCAGGUAUUCCGGUACCAUGGAAUUUGCAUUCGGGGGUUCGGGGUGGACGUGGCCUGUAUUUCUAGUCUUGAGAGGCUGGUACCUGUUGUUAGGUUGGAGGCGGCGAGGGAAGCCUCUGUUAGGGCUUGGAGCGGGGCUGUGAGGGAUGUUGGGCUGGCUGGGUUGUGGGAUUUGGUGGUUGGGUCGAGUAGGGAGGGGAGUGUGGAGGUUGAUGUUGAUGUGGAUAUUGGUUCUGGGGGGUUGGAUAUCGAUCGGGUUACGUUCCGCGCACGGUCAGUUAUGUAUGUCUGUGGCUAG